UGCCCAGAUCAUGGACGUAAAAGCCUCUCUCCUCGCCAACGGACUCCCCCCCUCCAGCCUGUCUGCGGUACUGAAUUAUCGCAUGGUACCUGGAGAUGGAGGGAUGCUCCAAAGAGACAUCACACACAGAUUCAAUCAGAGUUUGAAUCCGGCUUGUGUCUUUCCGGCUUUCAUCCCUCAUCAUGAUGCGUUACUGGGGUGAGAUCCCCGGGCCUGCAGGGGCUCCUCCCAGUCGCAGCUCCUUUGACUUGCUCCAGCGUGAGUUUCGCUCGGUGGAGAUGCAGGACCCUCCCCUGCACCAGCCCUCGGCCCAGCGGCCGCGGCCCACCACAAUGUUGGACAUCCCCUCAGAGCCCUGCAGCCUCACCAUCCACACAGUGCAGCUGUGUCAGCAUGCCCGCCGCCUCCGUGGCCUCUUGUCAACGGCCCAAGCUCAGGGUCAGAGCUCAGCGUCUUCGGAGGGUGGCAGCAGGCUGGAGGAGGCGGAUACCAACCUGCCCCUGCGUCCUCCCACCCCACCUGUCAUGCCAGAUGACUUGCUACCUGUGGACAGUAAAGCCCCGCGGCAGCCCUUCGUGCUCCGCCACAGUGACCCUGAAAGUGACUUCUAUAAGGGUAAAGGCGAGCCUGUCACAGAGCUGAGUUGGCCCUCCUGCAGGCCACUCCUCUAUCAGUCAGUGGCCACCAUCUUGGCCCACGCUGGCUUUGAGUCGGCCCAGGAGAGCGUGCUGGAGACCCUGACUGACCUGGUCCAUGAGCAUUACCUGCGCCUCUCGCGCAUGCUGCGGGUGGCGGUGGACCGGGAGGCUCGGCUUGGAGCAAGUCCCUUUCCAGAUGUGGUCGAGCAAGUGUUCCAUGAGGUGGGCAUUGGCAGCGUGCUGGCUCUGCAGCGCUUCUGGCAAGUGCGGAUCAAGGACUAUCACAGCUACAUGCUGCAGGUGAGUAAAGAUCUGUCGGAGGAAUAUGAACGACUGGUGAACCCAGAUAAGGCUCUGGAGGACUCUAAGCCCCCGAGGAUCAAGGAGGAGCCCAUGAGUGACAUCUCUUUCCCUGUUAGCGAGGAGCCUGAGGCCGACCUGGCCUCUGGGGACCAAGCGCUGCCCAUGGGAGUCCUCGGGACCCACGCUGAGAGGCUGGCUUCAGGCCUGGAUGGUGACCAUUCUCCCCACACCUCAGGUGGGGUCGGAGCCAACAACUCCCCACUGUGGCCACAGGUGAAAAUGGAGCCGCAGGAUGGCGAGGAGGGCCAGGGUGCCGGCCAUCACCACCACCAUCACCACGGUGUCUUGGGUGGAGAUGUGUUCGAGGAGGGGGGGCCCAUGUCCACCAUGAGCGAGUCAGGAGGAGCCAUGGCGCCGUCUCCCGGAGGCGCGGCGUCAGACGCCAGCUACGCUUCACAUUCUCCCGACUCCUUGAUGAGCACCUCGCCCGUCUUCAACCAAAGACCCAAGAAACGGGUGAAGAAGAUGUAAGGCAGUAUUUGUGGAUGCAAUAAGCUCUUGAGAUGUGGACUCACCAGCAAGUCUUCCACAUUAGGUAUCCUGCAAUGGAAGGAAGUGAAACACACCACUUGUACGGUGUAGGACUCAUCUGCAGCUGUAUGGCACUGCAGCACUGCAUUAACUGACUGAGACAUUAAUGUCAUGAACAAACUAAAUAAAUGU